AUGCUUGACAAUCUUAAAGACACAAUACAAGCUCUUAAUUACUUUUGCCCUAUGAUGGUUGAAGAAUUUCUUAAUAUUCCUAAAGAAAAUGUAGUCUAUGAAGUUCCUAAAGAUGACCAAAUUAUUGAUGAACUUGUAUAUCUUUUCAAAAAUACUAAAGAAACUAUAGAUUUAGAUAAAACAGAUGACAGUUAUAAAAUUCUUGUUAUUAGUGUUAGCACUGCAGUAUUUAGCUUAAAAACCACCCGUAAAUUUCUUCUUCAACAAGAUAAUGCUGAAGAAUAUAUAAAAUUA